CCACUCACCUAAUCCAAAACUCUCUUGUACGAAAUCAAAGACCAAACCAAACAAACAAAAAAAACACAAAACCCAUUCUUAAGAAGAAAAAAAAAACUUUUUCUACCGUCGCCGGAGAAAUGAACAUUCCGGCAAAACUAACUUCACCGUCGAUUAACAAUGCUCGUCUCUCCGAUCACCGUCGUCAUGUCUUUCACGAAACUCAUUUUCUUCAAAUAAUCACUUUCUUAGCCUAGGAGAAUAAUUAACAAAGUACAUAUACAUAGAGAAAAAUAAUUUACUCUUUUUCUUUCUUUCUUUCUUUCUUUUAUAUCUUUUUCUUUCUCACAAAAACAUGCUUAACUUGUGAGUUUUGACUAGCUUUGUAAUUUUGACUUGUGACUGUGAUAAUGAACUGAAUUUAUAGCUCCAAAAAAAAGGAGCAUAGUUAGAGAGAGAGAGAAGAAAUUGUUGCUGUGAAAUUUUGUUAUGGCUCCAUUGAAGAUCCAACCUAUUGAUGUUGAUUCUGAGAAAGUUACGGAACCGGUUCGCAAUGAACCGGUUUCGAAGUGGAGGUUAAGGAGAUUCUUCGUUUUUGAUAAACAGUUUCCGAAGAAAGAUGGUGGUGGUGGUGGUGGAGGUGGAGCUGAGUUGGAACCAAGCUCUGUUUGCUUGGCGAAAAUGGUUCAGAGUUUCAUGGAGGAACCGCAACAACCGCAACCUCAACCACAGCCUCUUAGAUGCGGUCGUAACCGCUGUAACUGCUUUAACGCUAAUAGCUCCGACGAAGAUGAUUUCGAUCUCAACGGUAGUGCACAUGAAUCAGCCACCGAUUCUACUGACUCGCUCAAGAGUUUGAUUCCUUGUGCAAGUGUUGAAGAGAGGAAUUUAUUAGCAGAUGCGGCGAAGAUUGUUGAAAAGAAUAGCAAGGUUUACAAAAGGAAAGAAGAUUUGAUUAAGAUCGUUUCUGAAAAUCUUCAAUCUCUAGGUUACGAUUCAUCAAUUUGCAAAUCAAAAUGGGAGAAAACAUCUUCAUGUCCUGCUGGUGAAUAUCAAUUUAUUGAUGCGAUUGUGGAAGGAGAAGCGUUGAUAAUUGAUAUUGAUUUUCGAUCGGAGUUUGAGAUCGCUCGAUCUACCGGAACCUACAAGACGAUCCUUCAAUCUCUACCGUUCAUUUUCGUCGGGAAAAAGGAACGGUUGAAGCAGAUCGUGUCGGUUAUGGCGGAAGCUGCGAAACAGAGUUUGAAGAAGAAAGGGAUGCAUGUUCCGCCGUGGAGGAAGCGUGAUUACAUGCUUGCUAAGUGGAUCUCUCCUUCUGCUGCUAGGUCAAAGCAAGUCUCCGAUGCGGCGGUGCUGGAAACAGUGUCGUCGGAGGUUGCUGUGGAUGCUGAUUUUGGUGAAUUGGAGCUGAUUUUUGGUGAAGAGAAAGCGGAGGAAGUUGUUACGGCGAGUCCAGCGUGGCAGUUACCGGCGGUGAAACCAAAGAGUGUUGAAAGAGGAAUGAAGGUUGUUACUGGAUUAGCCUCUCUGCUCAAGGAAAAACCAUAGAACUAAAUUUUGUUCAAUGUUAAUUUUUUUUUUUUUUCUUUUUUGGAUUAUGAAUUAAAAAUUAAAAAUAUUGUUAAAAGAGAAAUUUUCGGAUAAGGAUCUUUUAUUUUAUUUUUUCAUUUGAAAUAUUUUUGGUUUUCUUGUCCUUGAAUUUUUGUUUACAAGGAAAAAAUCUCUGUAAGAAGCAACUUUUUCUUUUUUUCCUUUUUCUUUUGGCUUUUUGGACACAAUGUAAGAAGGUACUAUAUUCUGUAAUAAAAUAAAAUAGUUCAAAUAAAAAUAGUGUUAUCAUUAUCAUUA